CCUCAACCAGCUUACUGCGUUAUACUCGAAACCGUUACGACCAUAAGCGAACCCUGACAUACCUUCUGUUUAAACUCUGCUCUGUGACUCUAUGGCGACCUACGACUCCCUCCACCGGCAAUGCCGAACCCUCGAAUCCCUCUUCGACACCAAACUUACAUCCUACGCCCGUCUCGCAUCUACCAUUUCUCGGCCAGGCGUAGAAGACGUCGAAGCGGAAGGUUCAACAGCAAGGGUGCAGGACGUAGAACAGGAUGUUCAGGAGCUGCUGGAGAAGUUAGGAGAGGCGAACGACCAGCUUUCGACUUUGGCGAAUGAUACGGAGAAUCCACCGUCACAGUCUAUGCUACGUGCGAUUCAACGGCAUAGGGACGUGUAUCAAGAUUAUGUGCGGGAGCUGAGGAGGACGAAGGCGAAUGUGAAGGCUGCCCUAGACCAAAUAAACUUGCUCAGCGGGGUUCGGAACGAUAUUGAUGCUUACAAGUCUUCAGCGACGGACUCUCUUCUAGCUGAACGUGGUCGGAUCGACUCAUCACACCAAAUGAUUGACGAGACGCUAGAUCAAGCGUAUGCCACUCGCUCUGAAUUCGCAUCGCAACGAACGGCUCUCGGUUCCAUUCAAACUCGUAUGGUCGGCGUUCUCAAUACGAUGCCCGGCAUCAACAACCUACUCUCUAUGAUCCAUAAACGGCGACGAAGAGACUCCAUGAUCGUCGGGGGGCUGAUUGGGGUUUGCUUGUUCUUUUUGUUGACUUAUCUGUUCCGGUAGGAUUGUUUGAAGCCUACCACCGACUUAUACCACUUGUUUUAUGGACUUUUGCGGACUGUACGUACUAUACUAUUGCAUCUUGCUGUAUCCUUUUGUCAGUAUAAUGUUCCAGAAUAUAUAGCAUGCCAACAACUUGUCUUUACAGAUAAG